AUGUCAUCACCUGAAAUAGAACAGACCCAACACGAGAAUAUAUCACGUCCAAAUGGACGUCCCAAAAGAAAGCAAUAUCAAGAAGAUACAAUCGACUUAACUGGUGAUGGAUCUGACAAAGAAAACCAACCAACCGAGAAAAGAUCAAAAAUUGACGAAGCAGAAACUGUGGAAAAUGAAGAUGACGAUAAUGAAAAGGUAAAUCAGCGACAAAAAGUGAAAGAAUACCUUUUUAAUCGUGCACUUUCUGCAUUCCUUCUUCUUUCUCGUUUCUUUCUUGUAGAAAGAAUGGAAAAGAAACGAAAAUUGGAAGAAGAAAGGGAAGAAAAACGAAAGAAAUUAGAGGAAGAGAAGGAAGCCAAGCGAAGAAAAUUGGAGGAUGAGAAAGAAGCGAAAAGAAGAAAGCUAGAAGAAGAGAAAGAAGCAAAGAGAAAGAAAUUAGAGGAUGAGAAAGAAGCAAGGAGAAAGAAAUUAGAGGACGAGAAAGAAGCAAAGAGAAAGAAAUUAGAAGAAGAGAAACAAGAAAGGGAGAGUUUCUUCAAUCUCCUUUUCAAUGUCUUUCUUUUCCUCUUCGUUCUUUCCCUUUCUGAGAGGUUAGAGAAGAAACAGAAAUUAGAGGAAGAGAAGAUGGCUAAAGAACUUGAAAAGAAACGUAUCGAGGAAGAAAAGAGAAAGGCUGAAGAAUUGAAAGAGAGAAGUCAAAUGAAGAUUUCAAGCUUUUUCCAAAUAAGACCUGCUACUCCUAAGAAAGAAGUAGUUGCUGCUGCUAAUACAGAGGCUGAUUCUCCAGUAAUUGAAUUAAAAAAGACGCGUUAUCAAGAUGAUUUCUUACCAUUCUUUGUUCAGCAAAAUGUCACCAUGAUGAAAACCACACCCUCUAAGAAGAGCCUAGCUGAAACAAAGGCAGAAUUAGAUGCUAUAAUAACUCGAAAGGAAUCCCCCACCACUACGCAAAGCUCUUCCGAAUUUGUAAGCUAUCUCAAAUCCUUGAAAUCAAGCUCUAACUCAUCAAAGACCAAAUCAGUCACACCCGAAGAAAUCAUAAAUGUCUUAAACUCAUCCAAUACCACGGAGCAACAAGUUCUUGAAAUGACAUCUCGUCUCCCACCAAUUAAAUAUAUAAGUUUCUACGAAAAUUUAAAACCUCCAUAUAUCGGAACUUGGUGUUCUGAACAACAUCAAAAACAACAACCUCAAAUUGUGAAAACUCCAUUGGCUACUGAUAUAACUGGAUUUGAUUAUGAGUAUGAUUCAGAUCUAGAAUGGAAUAAAGAAGAUGAAGAAGGAGAAGAUUUGGAUGAUGAGGAUGAAGAAGAGGAAGAUGUUAGUAUUUUGCCUGAUGAAGAGGAUGAAGAUUUUGUGGAGAAUGAUAACAGUGGUGCUAGUCGAAAGAAAUUCAUAUCUUUGGUGCAACAAUUAUUUACCUUAUUACUCCUCUUAUUUGACAAAAAACUUUCAAAAUGCUCUGUUAAAUUGGUGGAUAUGGAAGGACCAAUUGAUCCAUUUACGAAUUAUUGGAGUGAGAAUAAGGAUGAAGAGGUGAGUAAAACCACGCCAAUAUCGGCAUCUACCGCUCCUUCAUCAAACAGUACUCCAAGUGAUACCACUGGUACACCUUCACAACCAAAUAUAUUAAUGCCCCAAAAGAAGAUCAUUAAAGAUCCAAUAAUUUUAACAAAUCUUAUUAAAUUCAUUGAACUAAAUAAUGAUUUCUCAAUUGGAACAUUAGUUGAAUUAUCAAAGAAAGAAUUUAAAGAUUUCACAAAGGGAGUCUUGAAGAGUACUAUACAAGAUAUAUCAACUUAUAAUAAGCGAACGUCUUAUAACAACAUUACAGAUGAUGAAGACGACCACCAGCAACAAGAGUCUCUUUAUUUCCAUUCAACUCAAAUGCAAAGUCGUCAUGAAGAUUUGUUAGAAUUGGAACAACAAGAACAACAUUCAAAACAAUCAGUAUCAAGAUUAAAUUUAUUUAGGAAUGAAACCACUCAGAUAAGAAGUAUACCCACAAAAGUAGAAACCAGGAAACGAAAGUCUCUAGGUGCUGUCAAAUCCACAACCAAACGCAAAAAGAAAAAGAAUCAAUCGAUGAGUUCAAUUGUUCGUGAUCAAUUCACUGAGAAUAAAUUACUGUACUUCUCAGGCGAUCAGAGUAAGAUAGAUGCAUUCCUUAAGAAACUAAACAAAGUAGAAGAUCUCAACCAAUUAAACAACAACGACAAUACCGCCAGCAAUACCAACAACACGUCUAAAUUGUUUUCAGAAUCAGAAUGGAAUUAUAUUCUCAAGAGUAUCAAAUUGAAAUUCCCUGAUCUUCCACCAUCCAAUAAAAUGACUUUGAAAGCGAUAACCAGACGAAUACACCACUAUGAGAACCUGUUGCAAAGGGAGCAAAAUGAGAGUAUUUGGAGUCAAGCUUGUUCUCACCCGGAAACUGGUUUAUCGAGUGAUGAUAUAAAAUGGUUAUAUGAUUUAGAUGAGACACAAAUGACUGCGAACGGAAGUACAUUUAUAGAGGAUGAUAUAGAUGAUGACGGGGAGAUGUCCCCUUUUGUAAUGACCUUGUCUCAAAAUAACCCACAUCCACAAGACGACGAAACACAAUUUGUAUCAGAAUCCGAAAUACCCAAUAAUACUCAAAUAGAUGAAAUCGUACUGGAUUCGGAAUCAGAUGUCGAGAUUAUUGAAGUUCGACAGAAGAAACAGGUACCGGUCUUACAAGUAUUAGACACCUUCUAUCAAAAAGAAUCAUCUCAUCAAGUUUCUGAUCUUGAUCCACUUAUCUCAUUCCCCAGUUUUCCAUUCGCUCCAACCAUAACCACGCCCAAAAAGAAAUCAACUGUCCCAGCUACAAAUCCAAUAGUGUAUGAAUUGACAGGGGAUAGUACAAUCACCAGUCCCACGACAACAACGACAAGAAGUUCACCCAUUAAGGGAAGUCAACAACUUCCAAUUGAACUCCUAUCUUCAUCACAAAAGGAAAAUAAAUCCCCACCAUCACCGGCACCGCCAUCGUCGAGUAAUCUAUCUCCAUUCAAGACCCCGACUAAGAAGUCCAAGCAGUUAUUAUUAAGUAAUGUACCCUCACCAUUAGGUAAUAAUAAUAAAAUCACACCUACAGCCAGGUCUCCAUAUAAAUUAGUUUCACAAUCUUUGAAAUCUGACAUCUCGCCAAUUUCCAAUCAUGGCUUGUUCUCAACUGCAAAAUCAUCAUUCGACAGACAGGAUGAUACUAAUGAUGGCAUGAUAUUCUCAUCGCUAUUCGACGAUGAUAGUGAUGAUGGAGAUGGGAAUAUUUCCGAAUCGAUCUCAUCUUCAUUACCGAUAUUUCGGACACAAAUCCCGAGAAAAGCUAUGAGAACCACGGUGGUUGAAGUGAGCGGUGCGUUGAAGAUUAAUGAUUUUGAUAAUCAUGAAAUACGAUUGCGAAAAGUGAGUGAGAGAAAGAAGAAACGCGUGGAAGUCGAGGAGGAGGAAAUGGUGCCUGAUUCUGAAGGACUGGAUGAUGGUGGUGAUGUUAGUAUUAUAGAAAUCACCCGUCCGGUUGAAAGUGAUGACGAUGAAGAAGAUGAUGAUGAGAGGGAAGUUUCGAUAUUACAAGUUCCAGCAAGUCCUGGAAUGGAGCCGCAAGCAUCAUCAAAUCUUGAUAUUCAUUUAUUAACAGCAACUGAACUACGUAAUCGAUUUAAAACAUGGGGAAUAAAGACUGUUCAAGGUAAGGAUAGAAUGUUGGAGAUUAUAACCAAUAUCAAUAAAUUAAUCUCCCCCGAAAAUAUAGCCACAUAUACUACUCAAUCAGAAUUCCAAUCAUGUAUAUUUCAUAAACUUGAUGAAUUAAUCCGGGAAGAUCAAUCAUGGUAUGACAAAAUCCUUUCCUUUGAACCGGUUAGAAUCCAAGACCUACAAAACUGGCUAUAUAAUAUCAAUCAAUAUGAAUUAGAAUAUGACCUCAUAAGGUCAUAUUGCGAUUAUUCAAACAUAACCACCACAAACACAACCACUUAG